GUUUCUUUCUGGCCGACACUUUAUACACCGGAAAUCGUAAGAAUACAAUAGUGAUUACAAUAUACAGUAACCCGGAAGAGAGAUAUUCAAGGACCUCUGCAGAACCCGAUGCAAAGCUAUUUGGAAGGCAAGAGCAAACAUGGGCGACACACACUUCUACGAGAAAAUUGAUGCCGAAAUGAAAACGUUUCCCUGGAACUACCCAGAACAGUACAUGAUAUCUGAGUUUUUACCCAGUCCUGGAGCUGGUCCUACAAGCUUUACGGGGUAAGCUUUACCGUGCAUAUUCAAUUUUUUGGGUUCUUAUUAAUUCGCGCAGAGUUCGGGGGUCUCUGUCUUAUGAAGUUCUGCAAAGCUCAAAAAAACUUUUAAAGUUCCCAAGUUUGUAUUUUCCGCAAAGUACCUACGAAUAGUAAUGAAAGAGACUGUCCAAUUCUUUCUUUUCGGUGCUCAUUUUUAGGGUUCGUCAAAAGACCACAUUGAUCACAUCAUAUGUGAGACGAAUAUUUAUUGUUGCUUCAUUCAGCCUCUGCAGCUUUUGUCCCAAAAGUCUUCGGUUAUCUGAUCUGUGAAAUUGUUUUCUUUCUGCUCCAGAGAGAUCGAUGGAAAUAUGAAGUUUGAAGUGACUGGUAAGUCUCUGUGAAAGUUAUUUUUAGUUUUCGCCACUAAGCCAAAACCAAAACUUAAUUUACUUUAAUUCUGCCGCGAUUUCAAGGGUCUGUAGGAGUUCAGAAUUUUUAAGUAACGCGCAUUACCAAUGUAUAUCUUUUGUAAAAAAACAUCUAAACAAACUUUCCAGGGUUGCAAUUUUCGCCAAAAAUAAGAAAUAACCAAUGACAAAGCUAGAUACAACAGGCUGUCGAAUGGGGUCUGCAGAGAUUUGGAUCUGUAACUUGAAUAAAAGACUGGGAAAAGAUUUUGUUUCAAUUUGUAUGCAGACACGAGUCCGAUUUAAUCAGAUUGCCUUAUCAUCCGCAAAUGUCGCGCGUUCUUUAACACACCGUCGUUAUUUAUGCUACUCUGAGUUCAGGGAAUUGUUAUGAUCACCAGGACCGGAAUAAAACAUCUUAGCUAUAUUUACAUAAAUAGGGAAGUAUAAUUUUCAAAGGAAGAGCUGAGGCUAUUAAUACUAUCGAUGACUCUAUAGCACAACUCAAUGUUGUGCAAAGGAAUUAAUUGCUUAGCCACACAAAAACACGCGUCCAGCUAAAGCAAUUCAGACAAUGAACGAAAUAUAUCAGAAGGCUUUUGUCUGUAUGAAAACAAGUCCCUUGUGCGUGUCGCGUAGACAAAGUACCGAAUGCACCCAUCCGUAAGCAAUUUUCAAGUCAUUUUUAUGUACACGUUUUGAGAAUUUGAAAGCAAUGGUGACAGGAUAUAUCCUUUUUUUGACAACCAUUGUUUUCUUUCUUUAAUUUCUAUAUUUGGAACGAAAAGUUUCAUUGUAAAACUAAGUAAGCGUAUCAUAUUUGAAGGUGUUGUGCUUUUGAACUGCAGAAAAAAACAAUCGGCUAUCUAUAGCGUGUGUAUGGAGCAUCCACAUAUGACGUUGAAGUGUUGUUCCGCAGUCAGCCGCGCCUUAACGUUUAGUUUUAAUUGAAUGAUUCUAUGAAAAGUAUCAAUUAAUGUUUCAAAGAAUUUACGGGGCGAGUGUUAUCCAAAAGAUCAGAUAAAAAGAGACAGUCUGGUUAUGCUUAAAAGGACUGACUAUGUAAUCAAUUUGUUAGUUAACCUUGUUUCUAGUUACAGCGAAUUGAAGACUCUUUUGGCGCGCCCUGCUCAGCUAAUUAUAAAGGCAUUAUAAAGGCAUCUAUAUCCUUUCAAACCUAUCACUCUUUUAAUGUGAUAAAUGUGUGUAAUUUUGGGCGUAACACAUGAAAAAUCACCAACGAAUGACCCAAAGCUGAAAAUGAAAACAGGAUGAUAGACUGACUGUUGAUAAUUACAGGGUAUCAUUAAAAACAAUUUUUUUACAGGGUAAAAGUGAUCCAUGAGAAUCUUUCAAGUCUCUUAUGGGAAGUUCUUCAAUUUAAGAAUCUCGUCAGUCUUACAGACAGCGAAAGUUGUAAAUAACCUCCGAAAGCAUUAAUUUUUGGUACCGUAAACUUAAUUUAUAUAAAGGCAAGACACACGGCUUUAUUCUUUUCAAAACAGCGAUUAAAAUGAACAGAGCCUUUUCUUCUGACAUUAAGCACUUCCAGGAAUGGCAAACUGCGCUUUCAACUGAAUCAUCGCGUGUUUUGGAAUAAGUAGAGGUGUUUGAUAGAGAAAAUGCGGUAAAAUAGAGAGCAGUAAGUUUUUUUGGACACAUGAAAUGAAACAAAGUGGCAUUUGUUUCGUUUUGAGGAAGUCGGGCUUAGCCGCAUGAAAAGUAGAAACCGCAAUGUUUUUUGCGUGAGCCUCAGGUCUUGCGAGCCCUUAUACGUGACAUAUAGUGCAUCUUAAAAAUGUUAAGUUUGAUUUAGUUAAAUGCCGUCUCUAAAUUUUGUCAUGAAUUCUUCCCCUUUCGUUUUUUGGAAGUAAGAUCAGCCAUUUAGGGUAUGAAUCAAGUUCAGCUUGGAUUUUUGGAAAGGCUGAAGAAACAUAUCGCAGUAUAACUUCAAUUUUUUCGCACUCUAAAAAUUUUUGCGGUAACGAUGUAUUGUCUAUAACUGAAGAUUUAGAAGGGUAUCAUGCUUCAUUAAAAGGGAAUUCUGUUGUGCAUUGGAAUAAGCGCUUUACAAUUGGCAGAAAUAAAGCAGAUGUCCACUGAAGGAACUGCUAUUUAUAAAAUACGAAACGUUUUAAAGUAACCAGCAUCAGUUAAUAAAGACUUAAAGUAACGUCACCUGCAAAAGCCAACACAACAAAUCUAUCUCUUUACGUAUUAUUUAUUUUCAGAACCUAUGCAACCAGAGCAGUUUCACGAGGAGCAAAUACACUUCUCUCCUGAACCGGUGAUGUAGCCUUUUAUAUUAUUCCUAUAAUAUUUUCGGCUGUAAUUUAGUCCGAAGAAGAAACAAUUAAAAUUUUCAGGGCGCUAUUAAACUCCUUUCUCAACUUUCAAAGUGAGCACAUUUUGUUACUUUCGCACGCAAUGCAAUCUAUAAUAAGGGACAUAAGUCAAUUUUUAUUUUUUUUCGCCAUCGCAACAUUGCGCCAACAUUUUGAAAUUGGAGUAUAUAUGCCACUGAAGGAAAUGAUUUUUGAGUGACCUUACAGGUCUAAACAUCUCAACCUGACAUGAAUCUUAAAGUGCAAGGCGUUUAGAUACAAUAUUCCAAUCAUUGUACACCAUUAAUCCAUACAUACAACUUUAAACCUCUUGCCAUCUCCCUUGUAUGUGGGAUUCCCUUGACAGGUUUUUUGUAAGUGGGCAUCAGCGUCUAUGUGUACAAUUAAUCAUAGCAAAUGUCUUAAUUUUAUUGAAGAAAAAAACAUGUCAAAAUGUAUAAUUAUCCGGAGGAAAUUAUCAUUAGUUAUUCACGAGUCUUACAGUUUGCAACCACUGGUCGACAGACGAGAAAAAUAUAAAAGUUAAAGUUCUCAUUAAUGGAAAAAUAAUACUCGAUCAAGAAAAUGCAAUCACUUGUAAAGUUUAAAAUCUUUAAAUACAGAUAAAGUAGCACACGUCUUUCGUUAACCCCAAACAACGUUCAUGAAUAGUGACCAUAAGUUAACUCCAUUUUUCAGCCAGAAAAUUUGUUGCUUCCCACCGAAGACGACGGUUUCCCAGAAUUCGUUGAGCCUCUAACACCAAACAGCGCCAGGUUCCCGCCACAAGCACUUAUGAAUUUAUCACCUCCCCAUGUUACGUCACCCAGCAUGUAAGUAACCUAGGUAACGUGUACGUACAUCACAGAUGCCUGUAAGAAGAUGAGUAACCCUGGAUAAUUGAGUGACAUUCAGCAGUGGACAUCUGCCAUAAACUAACCGCAAAUAGUACAAUGCAACUUGGUACAAGAGGAGUAAGAGGGGGCAGAUGGAUUCCCCACCGCCUUGGGUUUUUGGUCAUUUACUGAAUAUUUCGCAAAGAUUAAACGGUUAAAAGAAACCUGUGCAUUUAAGGCGUACUCCAAGAUAAUGUACGUAUUACGGAAUGGGACAUAACCAGCAGGUGGUGACCUGGGGACCUGUGACGUCAUUCUAAACUAGCCUUCUUGGCCACUAUCUUAAUGUUAACAAGCUUUAUACAAAACAGCAGAGUCUUUUCAUGAUUGUGGUAUGAACUUUUCCACAUAUAAUUAUAGUUAACGCAUAUUGAAACCAAUGUUUGCUAUUUAAGACAAAAGGCUCUGGCUACAAGUUUUUCUCGUAAAUGUUGGCGAGAAACCUUUGGGCUUAACCCCCUCCACACCCCUUCCCCCUCCCAAUCUUUUAUGCGACAUUGGGUUAAGGUCAGGCUCAGAACUUACACUAGACAAGUAAAUAAUUGAGUACGAUGGUUUAUUAAGUGACUCACAGUGACUCUCCUCUUUCCAUAACCAGAAACGAGUUCAACGGUGAUUACAAUUUUAGAAUGGUUCUUGAGACCCAGGUAAUUUGUUAUUAAAAUCAUUUACCUACUAUGUUCACCAAUGACUUCGCAAUUUAUGUUUAAAAAUUGAGAAAAAAAAUGAUUUAGGGGGUGUAGAAUUUUUAAGUUGGCUUUUUUUCUUUUCAACAGCCCAAGAAGGUGGCAAAUCCAGACUGGAUUGUAAGUAUAAGCCAACUUGAAGUUUGCCUCUCAUAAGUUGUGGCGAUUUGCAAGUUUUCCUGAGCAUGUUUUUGCAUCAGCUGCAUAUUUCCUUAAGUUUGGAUAUAUUUCCAAUUGAUUGGCAUGUCUCUCCCCCUUUAGCUCUCGGUGUCCAUAGGAUAUUUCCCUGCAAAUUUUUAAAAAUAGCGCUACUGAUGUAGAUUCAGUAUGACAAGUAAAACAAACGAAAUGCCUUCAAUUAAUUAACCUGUGACCACUUCUUUGACAUUUUUUAAAACGUCAACUCUCCUGGUUUUUUACGUGAGGUAAGCAAGCAGCUUGUACCAACAUAAGGAGAAAGAAAUAAAACAAUGGGUCAUUUCCGAGUUCCAAAAAUCUCACUUUCAACACGAGGCCAAGUGCAAAACCUUUCUUGUGAAAAUGAGUUUUACUUGCUUGAGAAUAGAAUAUCAUUUUCAGGUCAGUAGCUUCACACUUAGCCUCGCUUUGAAACAGAGGCUUAGCGCAGCUCGGAAAAGGCCUAUUUACAAGUCAGGCUGACAAGUUCCAACACAGAGGAACGCGCAAUUAAACCGCCAGGAUGCCACGAAAUUUAGUUGGCUGCAAGCGUCAAAGAACCACUGAUAAUCAGCAACAUUCACACGGGAAAGUAAAAAUGAAAGAUCAAAAAGCGAACUAAGGGCGGGAAAACAUGAAGCCGUUGUUUUGUCUGUAGGAUCGUGCAAAUUUACUAAUUUACAUGGCGACUUGUAUUUGCAGUACUCCGUCACACAGAAAAAGCUUUACAUCAAGUCAAAGACACCUUGCCCGAUCAGAUUUUUAACCACUGGUCAGUAUCUUUUCGUUGUUGUGCAUGUCUUAUUUUGUAUUUCUUCUCUCUGUUUGUGCAUGUUUCAGUCAUCUUUGAUUCGUGGGGAGCAUAAGAUAGCGAAAGUCCUCCUAUUGAAGAUGGUUUCGACUUCCACGCAUUUUCUAAAGUUUGGGCCAUUACUUCUCAGUUAAACCGGCUGGGCCAUUAUUUUUAAUGAAACGACUGCUUUGAUUUUUCAUAUUUGCUUUGAUUUAAUCCCAGGUCCCCCUCCUUCUGGAGCGUUCAUCCGGGCAAUGCCCGUGUUCAGGCAGCCGGAGCACGCGAAAGAUGUUGUGCGCUGUUGUCGUAAUCAUACUGAAGAAUACUCAGGUAAAAAUAUUGAAAAAAACUCUUAAGAGCACACCACUACUUAAAACUCAAAAUAAAAGAUACAAUAUUUCUAGCCUGAGAAAACUGCUGACAUGGUGCGACGCUACCACUGGCUUCACCGAAAAAUGACUUCUGAGGAGUGGAUUCAGAGCCUGGAACAACAAACUGACUACGCUUUACUAAACUCUUCUGCUUGCCUUGGAUUAAAAGUCUCCAUUAGCCGAUUUCGUUGACAUUACUAUUUGGAUGAUAUAAUUCUAUAGUGGUAAUAAAAAUUGCAAAGCUUUUUAUUGUUUCAACGACGGCUGGCUUAAAUGAUUGACUGUAAAAUUUUUAAAUAGGCUCCCCAGCUACUGGUCAUUUCCUCCGCUGUGACAAUCAAGAGGCCUUUUACGAGGAAUGUCCCCAAACCACCAGGCACUCUGUGAGGAUACCGCUGCGAGCACCACCCACAGGUGAGCCUUCGAGCCUGCCUUCGAAUCGCCACAUGGGACGUGUUUACAAAAGGAUUUUUAGAUGAAAUUUCCUCGGAAAUGCGCCAAGAAAUAGAAGAGUGAGCUCAUUUUGCUGGUUAUAAGAAAGUGUGCUUAUCCCCGUAACAUUCAAAUUCACUAAAACGCAUCAACUACGGAGAAUUUUACAGGAUCUGUUGAAAUUCAGGCCUUCUCGCUUUUGUGGGCCAGAGCUACAACCCCGGACAAAAUUGUUGAGACAAUUCCAUCUAUUUUCUAACUUUUGCGCCCUACUCCCGUCUCCCUUAAACACAAAAAGUAAACCCCCUCCCCACCCCCUAUUCAAAGUUGUCUUGGUCUAAAAACCAACAUGUUUUAUUGCCAGGCUAUCCUAUUCCUAAACAACUUUGGAUAAGGGGAGGGGGGAAAUCGGACAUUCAUUUGGCGGAGGUUUCAGUUUUUGCCGGGAUGACAGGAAAAAAUAGGCAUUUUUGCGAUUUGUCUCAACAGGUUUUGUCCGGGGUUGUAGUUUAAGGAUAGUGUAGAUGGGGACAGUGUUUCUGUUUUCUGACAUGUGUGAGACUUUCAAUGGAUGUAAAUCUUAGCUAUGGAAGACCCAAAUAAUCAAAGGUGGGGUAAUGUAUUAUUACUAUACGUGCCAUCUACUACGAUAGCUGCAAAAACGUUUACCCACAUUGCAAAGGUGCUAACAUUUACAUGACAAAUCAAUAUUUCUCUUAUUACGCAUUCAUUUCGUCGUCAUUUUACAAACAACCAAGUUAUUAUAAAAGCAGCUUACUUUUCUCAGUCAACUACUGAUUUGGCAAUACUUCAAUCUUUCUCUUUCUUUUCUUUGUUCAUAAACAGCUGAAGCAAAUGAGGAACUUGGAGUCCAUGAGCUGUUUUACUUCAUCUGUAACAAUUCAUGCGGUGGACUUAACAGACGACCCAUUCAAAUCAUCUUUACACUGGAAAAUCUGUAAGUAUAUGGUCACUGUAGUGUUUGAAAUGCUUACUGCUCUUUCCUGACAUCUUUCUCUCGACCUUGUCUUGUUCUUUUACUCUCAAAUCUCACCAUAGGUACCCUUAUUUAAAUGUUAAUGUUACCGCAACACAGCAUUCCAAAUUGUUGCAAGAUUGUUUCGAAUGGUUGCAACAUUAUCCCAACAUUGCAUCGCUGUGUUGUGUUAAAAAUCAACGUUGUGAAUCGUCCCGUGUAACAUUACCUUUACGAAAAAAUGCUUUGAUCUCUCGUUACCAGGUCGGGGAGCGCAGUAUUGGGAAGGUGCUACGUAAAUGUCCGGGUGUGCGCAUGCCCUGGCCGGGACUCAAAACAGGAACUGGAAGCUAUUAGUCGUCCAGGCAAAAAGAGAAAGAAUAAAGGAAGUGAGUUUAUAUGUUACCAUGGAAAACACGUUCGAGGACCUUUCCUCAUCUUGUUCCAUAACGGAAGGGGUAGAUGACAAGGGGCAGUAGUUGAUUAUAAGACAAUUUGAAUAUGAUAAAAUUUAUACUUGGCCCCAAGGCGCGAGGGAAUAAAACAAGAGAAAUAACCCCAAGGUUCAGGAUGAAUAAACCAAUUUUUGUCUUUUUUGCCUCCGACACUAGGAGCCAAUUAUGAAUUUUAACAUAUCGAAAUUGGUCUUAAGUGAUAAGUAAGCCAUUUACUUGUGCGUUGCAUAUUUAUUGGUUCCUUACUCUUAUCUUUUCACUCCCUUUGAGACAGCCAGAAAUUUUCUAUGAUUAAAUACUUACUUUAAGCCAUCUUUUGUUUAUAAAUUCACUCGCUUAUUUUAGUUUCCCAAUGAAUAUAGCACAUUAAAAGAUUGCCCAUUUCUCUUUUGACAACAAUCAAUGCAACUUUUAAUAGUCAUCACCUGUAAUCUGAAAAUCAUGGUAAAGAUUUAAAAAUAGAAUUUGACUUAUACCAUUCAAAAAGAGAACGAAUAGGAGAAUUCCACUGCCUCAAACCACAGCCCAUAUUUUCUACGAUGGCGCAAACCCUUUGAAUUUCCAGUCGUAAUUUCCAAUUCCCCAUUCUUAACGGUAAUUACCGCUGCUGACUUUGGUACAAUAAUGUUAAAAACAGAUAGCGUUAGAAUGAACAAAUUUUAGGCCCAAGUUAAAUUCAACUUGAAAGAAGGGGGAGAAAGGGCAGGCUCAAACGUAGAACUUAACAUGAGUCGAUUCUAAAGUCUAGGGAAUUGGUUACAAAGGAUGACUAAUUUUUGUACUUCAUUUUGAAAGCGUUCAGUACGGUUCUUUAAAAAUAGAUAGUGUUAGAAUGAACGAAAUGAUUUAGGCCCAAUUUUUAAAUUUAAGACUAAAAGAAAGGCUAACCAAGAUCUGCGUCUAAAUCAGGCGAGGAACUUUUAUUGACAACAUGAAACCAGCCGAAAUGAAGUAAAAUGUCGUAGGUAAAGCAGAAUGGCGCGAAUAACAAAAAUAAAAGAGUGCUUCUAAAAUUACUUGUAAAAUUAGAAUCAAGUUUGACUCACUCAUGAAAAGUUCAGCGUCUGACGUUGGCCAAAUUUGUUGUUUAGAUGAUCAAGGCCUGGCUGGUAUUGCAGGUGUUCAUGACUUACAGUGCUUUGGUCCAAAGAUGACAAAAGAGGACAGUACAGUGUAUAAUCUGAAGGUAUGCAUUCAUGUUAAGCCAUGCUUGCUACGCAGUGGUCACACUAGGGAGCUUAAGCCAAACCCAGUUUACACGGGUCCGGACAAUUUUUUUAGGGUGUCCGUUCUAGGGAAGGGUUCAUUAAAGAGCUUUCGAUUCUAAGACAAGUGCUGGCGCGUGAGGCGGCGUCAUUUUGGCGGGAAAACGUGGUAGCCGUCGUCAUUCUACUACGAGUUUUAGCGCGAGUGUCGUAGUGGCGGGAACAAGUUAUCAAAUGUUUGAAGUUUUAGCAUUUUGUAAUCGGGAGAGGGCUCACCCUCCUUCAAUAACGAUAACAGUGCUAACUUUCCUGGUGAAAAAAGUGCAAUGAAGAAUUCCGUGGUGUCUAUUUUUUGACAAUACGCGAUAAAACUGGUAGUCGUUCUCGUGAUCGAAUCUGAAGGUCCCUAUUACUACAGCGUUGACAGCAUGAUUUGUUUUGACAGAUUUGUGGAUUCAACAAUUACCUGAUGUUAAAGAGGAUAGCCAUUGCACUGGAGCUGUUUACAAACAUGGAAAACAAAUUGUAAGUUUCUUUUCAGAGAAAUAUUAUAAAUUCCAAUUUAAUGAUGGCUUGUGUACCAAUUCCGUAUUGUUUGAUUAACAUAGCACUGCUAUGGAGCCACAAGACCUGGAGAUGCCAGACUUCACCGAAUAUAAUCCAGAGGUAAGUACUCUUUUGACAGUCUGAAUAUCGGGACACCUCGAUAAUACGAAACACUUAAUUUUUUGGCUCUGUAACACGAAACAGUUAAAUUUUAGGCAUUUUAACACUAACAGUAAAAAAUUUACAGUAAAUUUUUUUCUGGAGAACAAGGAGUUCACAACCCAUUUCCAGCAAACUACGAUUAUGUCAUAAGAUUUCCGAAGACAGCCGAAGAUUCCGAAUACUACCGAAGAUUUCUGAAGAUUUCCAAGGAGUUAAAUCCGAAAAAUUUUGACCUUAUUCCGCCGUUAUAUUCAUAUGAUCAAAAGUGACCCUGCUUCUAUGCCUUUCGAAAGCAGAAUCCCACCUCGCUUCUGUAAAGGCUGAAUAGAACUUCAAGAACACCGGAGGGAAAUCCUGUCGACUUCGCCCUCGACGCUGGCCAAAGGAUCGCGCUUUAAUUCGGGAGUUUAUAAGUCUUAUAACAUCUAGUGGCGUUUUUUGUUAUAGAUUUACAGAGAGAAUGCAUGAUAAACUAUAGACAAUGCAUCACCUUUCGAAACAACAGUUUUAGAGAAAAAGUGGUUUGCUACGUAUAUCUGGCAUAUGAUUAGAUUUCAAUUUCCUUCACUGGAAGAAGUUUCAUUGAGCAGCAUUUCGUAAAGCAUGUGUCUUGGAUCGUUCCGUAGGCGAUUUUGGCCAAAGUGUCCUGAUGACCCUGAAAGGCCUUUGCCUGUCGCAUUAAAAGAACAUUUACGAGUAUUGCUACACUGGUGUGCGUCUAUUGCGGGUCUUCCUUGUUCUCCCCCAUCCCACCGCAAUAUUACAAGUGCCGGUACAUUGCUUCUUUGCACGUUGAUGGAGUCCCCAGCGACGAGGUUGAAGGUUAUCCUGGGUAAAGGAAGCGACAAAAAAUUACGCAACUUGCGUCUCAUACAAAAACCUGGAGCGGAAAGCCGCAUGGUACAGCUUUAUGCCACUGCAUAACACCCAGUGAAUGUAGCAGAAUAGUUAGAGGAACAAAUUUUGCCAAAACAGCAAAACUUCCAUGAUCAUUGCAAUUUUUAUUUUAUUUAUUGUUUUUUGACAUUUUUUCCAUCUUAGGAACAAGACCCGUCUGAGCCUGACUCAACCAUCAUCAAGUAAGAAUUCCGUUUUUUUACAAUAAAUGAUGAACUGUUCUUUUCAUUUUCUUUUUCUUCUUCUUUUUUUUUUUCAUGUAAUCAUCACCAUAUUAGAGUGACGGGUAAAUGGAAAGCGGACCUAAACGACUUAGAAUGAUUUGUGAGAAAUCAGCAAACUAUAAUCUAAUCGGAACCCGCUGAACCUCUGAUAAACAGAUAAUAACUGUAGCCUUUGAAUCGGGUAGUCAUGCCCGCCAGGAGGGCGAAAAUGGACUCAUCAAUUCCCGUUUUUCUCAGGCACCUGCCUUGAGCAGAGGUGCUUGUUAAUGCUUCCAAGUUAUGUGAUUGCUUAGUGCAUAUCCUUUGCCGGUUGCAGGUCACUGACCUGUGAUUCACCACCUCCAAGCAUUACCAGCCAGGAAUCUUUAGCAGUGCCAUCACAGCCGGCAGACACCUGGUACCAAGCUAUUCCACAAGACCAAGCAGGCGAAGUCACUCAGGCCCCUGAGUAUCCAGAAUGCUUCACGACCUACCGGCGAAUCACGCAUUUUGUAGAGUACUUCGACGUUGCUGAAGUUUCUAGUAGAUUUGAGGUCAAUUGA